AUGCCUCUCGUCUCUCGCCCAUUCCCCAGGUCGGACCAGCUGCACAGCGCUGUGCAAUCAGACCUGCAACCCGAAACCACCUUCUACUACUAUUGCAUUGCAGGGGAGGGGCCAGAACGCUCACUUGUACUCCCUUUCUCUUUCCACCCUCCACCUUUCCUCUCCCCAUCCCAUCACGUCACCUGUGCAGGUGGAGGUCCUUCGCGCGGGGAUGCUGCUGCUGACGUCAGCAUCACUGUUGUUGGUGACAUUGGUCUGUCCAAGGCAGCCCGCACCACCAUCUCUCGUCUCGCCCAGCAGCCCCACUCCCUCACCCUCGUCCCGGGAGAUCUCUCCUACGCCAACGGUGUCCAAUCCGUGUGGGACAGGUGGCAGUCUCUGAUUGAACCAGACGCCAGCACACACCCUUGGAUGGUCGUGCCGGGAAACCACGAAGCCGAGGCACUUAGCGCGAUCAGCCCGAAGGACUUCGAGUGGCCUGCGUUUCUUAAGCGAUCCGCUUUGCUAAACGGCGGUGCUUUUCUGGCAUAUAAGAAGCGGUGGGAGAUGCCUUCUGCUGCCAGCGGGUCGCCUUCUAAGCUGUAUUACUCGUUUGAGGUGGCAGGGGCGCAUAUCAUCGUGCUCUCCUGCUACUCACCCUUCGGUCCUGACUCUGAACAGCGGAAGUGGCUGAAGAGACCCAUCAAGCACAGAUUGAGUAAUUUGUCAGCCGUCGAUCGCUCGAGAACCCCCUGGCUCAUAGCAUCGCUGCACGAGCCCUGGUAUCACUCUAACAGUGACCACCAGACAGAUGGGCAGGCCAUGCGGAAGGCCCUGGAACAGACGCUGUACGCCGCCCGGGUUGACAUGCUGAUCACCGGCCACGUGCAUGCGUACGAACGCACGACCCGCGUGUACAAUGGCCAGGAGGACCCCUGUGGGAUCAUGCACAUCACCGUUGGGAGCGGCGGGAAGGAUCUAUACCCUAGCUUCGUCUCCCCCAAGCCGGCGUGGUCGGCCUUUCGUGAAGCUGCCUUCGGCUUUGCUCUCUUCAAGAUCGAUGGCAGUGCAGCAGGGGAGGCGGAUUGGGAGUGGCACAAAAACGACGAUUCCCCCGCUGUUGCUGCCGACUCUGCACGCCUUGUCAGCCUUGCCAGUGCCUCUGCUCCUGCUGGGUGCCGGCCAGCCAGAAGGCACACGGGGGUGGCGAGACUGAGGGGAGGAGCAGUGGAAGAAGAGGAGGGGCGCAGGGGUAGGCACAGGGGAGGAGCGGUAAGAGGGGAAGAGGAGAGGGAGUGGAAGGAGGAACAGUAG